GCAUUUCCGGGAAAGUUCUAGCCACUCCCUGCAGUGCUGUCGUGUUAAUGGUCUCGAGGAGGGAGGGGCCACUCAAAGGAAAGAAGGGACUCCACACAAUGGGAGACAGUUUCCAUGACCAGCUAUUGGAGGACAGUCGGUUCCUCAGGACAGACCGUCGACUGGACACUGAACUAGUGGAUAAGCUCAUCCUGCAGCUCAACAGGAUCUACCCACAGAUCCUCACAGACAAGGAGGCCACCAAAUUUAGGGACCUUGAUGUGCCCACCUGCGUCCGACUGGCCGAGCUCCUGGCUCACCUGCAGGGGAAAGGUGAAGAGGCCUGCCGGGAGUUCUACCGGGCGCUUCACCUGCAUGUGGAAGAGGUGUACUUCAGCCUACCAACACGCCUCCGCCUCAGAGAUUCUGUAGACCCGUUCACGAUUACAGCUUCACCCACCCAGCCGAGAUAUGUGCUGAACGACCGAGGUCCUCUGUUCUUCCUCGGUUGUUUCGGUGUUGCGGUGGGGAUGGCUCUACUGUAUUACUAUGGCGAGGCCAAAGUAACAGGGGGAAGCAGGGCUCUUGGCAUGGCUGCUCUUGGACUGGGCCGACGAGCCAGAGAGGUUCUCAUAUGGCACGCUGAAGACCCCAUCAGGAAGUAGUCUGUGUGUCUCCACUACCACAGCAAAACAAGCACUCCAAAGGUGUUUCCCGGACAUCUAUAACACACUACACAAAUACCCUUUUCACAUUACAAUGCCAACCUGAACCAAACUGUGCUGGUUACAACAACUAUGGUCGAUGAGUAACUGGGCCAGUUGAUUACAGCUUGGUUUGGCUCAGUUCAGUUUGUCUCAGUGGUGUGAAAAGCCAGGGGGUUACAAUUUUGUACAUACUGUAUAUAGCAGUCUUUUGGCUUUAGGAAUCAGUUUUUUUGUUGUUGUUGACAAUUUGUCAUACAGCAACUGGUUUUCUUAUGAACUUUCAUUGUCUUCAUAAUGGUUAGAUAUUAGACAUGCGUCUUCUCUAGUGAAAGGGACUAUUAAUCACACUAAAGCUCUGUUACUGAACAGCAUCUUGUCAAGAGCCAGCCUCCUUCCGUUGUUGUUCUUUUGGUGGGGUUUGGACACCGUGUACAGAAACCAAUGAACCAGACUUACUUUAAAUAAACCUUUCCUACUGAA